CCCGAAUCGUUACCAUACUAUACAUCGUAUAAAAGCACAUAGCGUACGCUCGCUGUACAUUUCGUGAUAUCUGGAACGCCACCAUUGUUUUUUCUCUAUUUCCGGGUUUGAAAUUUGAGAAAUAUUUAUCUUCUUUGCAACAAAACAAUAGUCUACUUACCACGGACAAUUAAACAGUAUUAGAAUAACUCUUUGCAUAAGCGCAACGUCAAGGAUAAUCAUGUUCGAAGCAGCAGUAUAUAGAUUCGUCAAAGCAGUUGGUGAAGAAUCACUUCACCAAGUGCCUGAUUUAGAUAAAUCAAAUCUUUGUAAACCACUGGCAAUUGUUGUAAAAAAGAACAAAAGAUGGUUCUGGCAAAAGGCCAAAUACAAGCCAUAUCCAUUUAGUUUAGAGCAAAUACUCACUGAAAAUGAUCACAUCCAACUACCCUGCUCAGUACGGAAGUAUGUAACUUAUAACAAAACGAGCUGCUUUUCUGCUAGUGGGAAAAUUGGUGCAUCGCUGAAGUCAAUCAUAGAAGCAGACAUAGAAGGUUCUGAUACAGUUCAGCUAGACGCAAAGUUUGGAGUUGUCAACAAAGUAGAACUCGCCAGUAUUGAUGAUCUUAUUCAGCUUCUUAAGAACAAACAUUUAGAUCUGAAACAUGAGUUUGUGAAACAGGUGAGGGAACAUCCACGCAAAGUUCUGUGUGUUAUCACUGGGGUUGCAGAGACAAGCCAGGAGUGUGAGCUGCAUGCACACAUGGACGUUGAUGCAAAAGAAGACUUCGAUGUUGACAAGCUGCAUCUAGAUGAGAGAACUGAAAUAAAGGACAAAACUGACAAGAAAUUUCUGCUGCCCAAAGGGACCCCCUUGGCAUACAAUGCUCUGGAGCUUUGGGUGGAGGCUGAUGGGGGACUCAAGCUUAUAAUAGACUCAGACUCCAGAGGAGGAUGGGGAGACAUAGAUGAAGUUGAUGCCACUUUGAAAGAUGAAGAUACAGCAACAAGCUUCAAAGGCAUCUUGGGUCUGAACUUGAAUGACCGAAAGGAAUUCACAUCAAAGAUUCAGGGGAUCUGUAAGGAUCCAAAGAUGAUCCAUCCUCUCUAUGUAUUGUUGAAAUCUGCUGUGAGAAAGUGCAAAGACAGUGAAGGUAAAACAAUAGAACUGAAAGCUGUUACAGACAAGUUAGGCACAGACAAUGACAACUGGAAAUAUGUUCUACUCAUGACAGGCUUUGAACUACAGUCAGAUAAUUGGUCCACAAUCACGUAUCCAACAGCUGAAUCAGAUAUGUUGAUGUCAUUUUUCUGCCUAAUGGAAGCUCUUGAUGAACUUGAAGAUGAACAAAUAAUUGCUUUUGCAGAACUGAACUCAGACCAGUCAGUUUCAUUGCUCUACUUGUUAGCAUGCAUCCUAGCCAAAAAGACAGUGAAGACAUCAGAUGAGGAGGUCAGCGUUCUGUACUCAGAGCCCAACACUGCCCAGGUGUUCCUGCAGAGCCUUGGGAUGCAGCAGAUGGAUGGCGCCACUGUUGUAGCUGGCAGUGAUAACACAAAUGAGAUACAGGGGGCUUAUAGGGCAGUAUUUGCUCUUUGGGGGUCUUAAACGAUGUUAUCAUAAUCAUAUCUUUGUCUCAUGUGGGUGUUAACAUUCCCAUGCCUUAUUUGGGUAUUAAUAUAUCCAUGUCUAAUUUUGAGUGUUAACAUAUCCAUGUUUUACGUGUCCACAUAUCCCUGUCUUAUGUGUGUGUUACCAUAUUCAUGCUGUAUUCUGGUUUUAACUUAUCCAUGUCUUAUAUGGGUAUUGAUAUAUCCAUGUCUUAUUUUGAGUGUUAACGUAUCCAUGUCUUAUAUGGGUCUUAACAUGUUGUGUGGUUCUGUUGCUCUUUAUUGAAACAUAUGAAGCAGUAUAUUUAUAUAAGUCUGUCCUUCACUGAUGCCUAAAACAUCAGAGCUCUGUUCAAGAAGAGAUUUUCAAGAUGGCCACUGAAUUUCAAAAUGGUCACCAUUUUUCAUAAAAAUUUGAUAAUUAAUAAUGAAAUGGUCCAAAUU